UAAGUUGUGGGGAGUCGUUUGGACGGAUGUAACUAACCAUCUAACUAACUAACUAACUACAUACAUUUCUCAUAGUCUGUAGCUAUAGUGUUGACUACAGUGGGCCAGCCUACGGCGCCACCGGGGAUUACAUAUUCCAGCGUGAUCUUGGCUACACCCAGAACUGCUCUAGCUCAGAAGGAAACAGCCCUAUUACCGAUAAACACACGUCUUUCUUGACGGCUUCGUCUAACCCGCCGGACGCAACUGGCAAGAUGCGGGUGGCCCUGACCGUUUCCGUUUUGCUUGUGUUACAGCUGCAGUGCCAGGCUCUAGAGGAGGUUGAGUGUCUGAGGCUUCUGGGAGCACUGCAGAACCAGCACCAUGCCCAGUACCAGAACCAGCACCGUGUCCAUAACCAGACCCAGAACCAGACCCAGACCCUGCACCUGCACAAGGCCAAGGAGCAACCUGAGGUGCUGACCCAGCAGGGAGUGUCCUGCUUCAGCCUGGCCCAGAGCCUAAGAACCUACAUCUCCAAGGUGACGGAAAGGAUCGUCUCUGAGCACAUCCUUUCAGAGUCUCUCCCCGCCAGAGGGACCAAACGCAACCUGCAGCCCUCCGCCCACCUCACUCUCCGAGACAGCGGGCUACAGGGGCCGGUCUCAUCCUCCCCCCAGAGAGACCUCCACCAGUCCUGCCGCUACCCGGUCCUGUCCUGGUCCAAUCACAGCAUGGUGUCUCACCUGUACAACAUGAGCGUGUCCGGGGGCCGUCUCCGCGUGGCGCGCUCGGGUCGUUACCACGUCUAUGCCCAGCUGACCCUGCACUACGCCUCCCUGGGCCACCAGGGGGCGCCGGAGCACAGCCACCAGCUGGUGCUGUGCGUAAGUAGGAAGACGUCGUACGCGAAGCCCAUCCUUCUGCUGAAGGGCGUGGCCACGCGCCGCUGGGCCCCCGAUCCUGAGCCUGCCGUCCACUCCCUCCACCAGGGGGCGCUGUUCUCCCUGCGCGCCGGAGACCAGCUGCUCGUCUCCGUGUCGUCACCCGCCGUGCUGCACCACCCUGAGGACGCUGCCAGCUACUUUGGGGCAUCCCGCUAUGACCCCUGACCCCAUAGAGGAGCUUUGUUACUGUGCCCCAGUGAUAAGGAACAACAAUCAUGGAGGCAAUUUGUCACUUAACCAACAAACAUGUUUUUUAUCUGGGACUUUUAGUUACAUUUUGUAUGUUUUGUAUCUGGGACUUGUAGUUCAGUUUUGUAUGUUUUGUAUCAGCCGAGUUUUAACUGAAUCACAAAGGUGCUUGAUUGGUUAUUCAUUUGGUGGCUUGUCACAGCUUCUGAGCUGGAAGUAUGACGUAUGGUUGGACUGAAUAAAAUAUAUUGGUAUGUGAA